AUGCCACCGCCAUACACCACCCAGACCACCACCGCCGAACUCCUAAGCGACUACGCCCCCCUCAUCAAAGGCAAAGUCAUCCUCACAACGGGGGUCUCCCCCAACUCCCUCGGCGGCUUCUUCGUGCAGUCGCUCGCCCAAGCCCAACCUGCCUGCCUCAUCCUUGCCGCCCGUAAUCCCGAUCAACUCGCCCAAACCGCCGCGGCGCUCCGAGCCAACACCACCACCAGCACCGGCCCCAGCCAGCCAACCACGCAGAUCCGCACCCUACAGAUCGACCUAGGCUCCCUCGCGAGCGUCCGCGCCGCCGCCGCCGAGGUCAACGGAUGGGACGACCUCCCCGCCAUCGACGUCGUGGUCAACAACGCGGGCAUCAUGGGCGUGCCGGACUACCGCCUCUCCGCCGAGGGCUUCGAGGCCCACUGGGCGACCAACCACCUCGGCCCGUUCCUGUUCACCAACCUGAUCAUGCCGAAGAUCGUGGCCGCGCCGAGCCCCCGCGUGGUCGUCGUGAGCAGCGACGGUCAUCGGUUGAAUCCGGUGCGGUUCGACGAUUGGAAUUUCCAUGAAGGGAAAAGCUAUGAUCGCUGGCGUGCCUACGGGCAAAGCAAAACAGCCAACAUGUUGUUUGCCCGCUCGCUGGCGCAGAAGCUGGGGUUGAAGUGUAACCUGCAGGCGUUCAGUUUACAUCCCGGGGUCAUCUUUACCAAUCUGGACAGGGAUGUGGAUUGGAGUGUUGGGAUGAAGGAGCUUCAGGCUGUGGACCGGUCACUUGGUAAUCGGGAAGGUUGGAAGGACGAAUUCGACGCGAAGAAUCUCGAGAGGGGCGCGGCGACUCAUCUCUAUGCCGCAUUUGAUCCAAGUUUGAAGGCUGUCAAUGGCGCGUAUCUGAUUGAUUGCCAUGUGGCUGACCCCUUGGUGGAUACGGUCAAGCCAUGGACCACCAGCAGCUUCGGGGCCGAGAGGCUUUGA